GCAGUAACACUGAAGGCUGUGCGAACAAAAACAGGGUUUUGGUUUAUUUAAUGUAAAUUUCCAUGACGUAUCGCGCUUCCUUUUAUUUUAUAAACAUGCCUUAGAAGCCGAAGAGCAGGUUUAUCCUCUUGAAAUUAUUAUUUUAUCUGAAUUUCCUUCCGGAAGCAACCGAAGUGUUAGCUUAGCUUGUUAGCUGAAAGCAGCCCGUUAGCAUCGAGUCAGAGACUUCAUGAUGGAGGUUAAUGAGAGAACAGCUUCUGCUGUGGCUGUGUGAAAACCUCACCGGUUAAAGAAAAGACAACAGAGAUGGAGGAAGCAGCACUGAGUGACCAGAAAGAAUCAAAAUUUAAAGACGUCCAGCAGCUGGUGGUGAUCAAAGAGGAACUUCCUACUGAUAAUUGGAGUGAAAGUCCAGACCAGAAGGACCAGAAGCCUCCCCAGAUCAAAGUGGAGCAGGAGGAGAAUGAGAUCACUGAGUUUAUAUUUGAUCCUGUUUCAAUGAAGAGUGAGGAUGAUGAGGAGAAACCUCAGCUCUCAGAGCAUCUUCACAACAAACCCACAGAGAACUCUGUUGGACCAGAACUAGAUGAAUGUUUUGAAUCAGACAGUAAAUAUAAAACUUCUGGUUCAGAGACGGAUGUCAGUGAUGGGGACUGGGAUAACAAUGAAUCUCAGUCAGGUUUGGACUCUGUGAGAAAAAGGAAAGUCUCUGAAGUUAAUAUGAUAUGUGAUGCGGGAGAAAAGUUGCACAGUUGCGCUGAGUGUAAAAAAACAUUUAACAGCAGAUCAUAUUUAAUAAGACACAACAGAAUCCACACAGGAGAGAAACCGUUCAGCUGCUCCAUCUGCAACAAAGCUUUUACAUGGAAACACGGAUUAGUCCAGCACAUGAGCCUGCACAGUGAAGAGAAACCUUUUAGCUGCUCUGUCUGCGGUCAGAUGUUCAGAAGAAAGGAAGACGUCACCUCCCAUAUGAGGCGGCACUCUGCAGAAAAGCCUUUUAGCUGCUCUGUUUGCGGGAAAACAUUCAAAAGGAAGGAAAGCGUAACUUACCACAUGAGACGUCACACUGAAAAAAAACCCUACAGCUGCUCUUUCUGCGACAAAUCCUUUACUUUGGAAGUAACUUUAAUGGAACACACCAGGAUCCACACAGAGGAGAAACCAUUUAGAUGUUCCAUCUGUAAUGCAGCUUUUAAAAGGAGGUACACGUUAACAGAACACACCAGAACCCACACGAAGGAGAGGCCAUACAGCUGCUCUAUCUGCAGCCGAAGCUUUGCUCACAGGUCAUAUCUAACCGUUCACAUGAGAGAUCACGCAGAAGACAAACCUUACACCUGCUCUGUCUGUAACGCAGCUUUUAAGAGGAGGUACACCUUAACAGAACACACAAGGACCCACACCAGAGAGAGACCUUACAGCUGCUCGGACUGUGGCAGGAGCUUCAUGCACUGUGUGAGUCUGAGGCGCCACAUGAGAAGUCACUCAAGAGAAAAACCUCUUAGUUGCUCCAUCUGUAAGGAAACGUUCAAAUGGGAAAAAACUUUCCUGAGACACAAAAAAAUCCACACACGGAAAUAAAUUUUCAGCUGCAUACAGGUUUACUGGAAGUUUGUGCCUUGUCUGAGUAAAAGUAAUUGACAUUUUAUUCUGCAGUUUGAGAAACCCAUAAGUCACACAAGCACACACACAGUCACUAGAUGUUUUCAUUUUUUAAGAAAAGAGUAACUCUGUGCUGCAUGUUUGCUCACAGUGAUUGACUCAGAAGCUGCAUCAGCUUGUUGGUGUGAAUCUAGGGUGGUUAAUGGUUCCUACAAAACUGAGAAAGAUUCAGCUCUUCAGAAUAUCAAAAAUUAUUUUCAAGAGGCUCAAAUAAACUUAAAUCCCAGUUACUAACUGUAAGUAUCUAACGCCUAAAGCUAAAAUUGAGUUUCUUUUUAUCCUGUUUUCAGUUUAGCUGUUAACUUUUCUGUUUGUUUGCAGCUAAGCUUCUGAGUUAGAACCAGCAACCUCGAGAAGAGAAAUAUCAAAUUGAAAGUUACAAUAGUUACAAUAAAUAAAAGGAAUUUAAUCACAUGAUUCAUAUGAUGUGGAAGAAAAGUGUUUCCACUGCAGUUUUGUGAAAUACAUGAAUUUUGAUACGUCCAAAAAAA